AACAUCAAUCACAUUUCACGUACAUCUCUGUUUACACUCCGGUUUUUUGCUUUUGUAAUAUGUAUUGUUUUUGCUCAGCAGCGUGCAUUUACCCGAUUUUGUCUCCAAGACUUUGAAACUGUAAAAUUCCAGCUUUUUCACAAGCCAGCCGAUCGUCUAUAUUGUCUAUUUUGUAAAUUAGUACCAAAAAGCCUUACCAUUUGCACCGAGGAAAUGGAAUCGCACUCAGCAGUCAAUGUUGUUCGCUCUCAGCUUGCAGCGUUAGCUGGAGCGGGUGGUUCUCACAAAGAUCAAGCUGACAAAUACCGAUUGAUCCUGGAAAGUUUAGUAAAAUUACCCGAAGAUGAAAUAAUGGAAGCACUCAAAUUCUUCAUUGAAACCAUUGUCAAUGAAAGUGUCAGUCUUGUGAUAUCUCGCCAAAUUUUGACAGAAGUCAGUGGACAAUUAGCAAAUAUUCCAGAUUCAGUAUCAAAAGUCAUCGCUCAUUAUAUUCUAGAGAAGGUCCAACCACGUGUCAUCUCGUUUGAAGAGCAAGUAGCCAGUGUGAGGCAACACUUAGCCUCCAUUUACGAGAAAGAGCAAUGCUGGCGGGAAGCGGCAAAUGUGUUGGUUGGCAUCCCGCUUGAAACUGGACAGAAACAAUACUCAGUCGAUUACAAACUGGACACAUACAUGAAAAUAGCCCGUCUUUACUUGGAAGAUUAUGAUCCUGUACAAGCAGAAGCUUACAUAAACAGAGCAUCUCUUCUUCAGACGGAGACAAAAAAUGAACAACUGCAAAUCUACUACAAAGUUUGUUAUGCUCGAGUUUUGGAUUACCGGCGGAAAUUUAUUGAAGCUGCACAGCGUUACCUGGAACUUUCAUACCGGACAAUCAUUCAUGAAGAAGAACGUUUGACGUCUCUUAACAAAGCUGUGAUUUGCACUGUUCUAGCCUCUGCCGGUCAGCAGAGAAGUAGAAUGCUAGCAACAUUGUUCAAAGAUGAACGAUGUCAGCAAAUGCUGGCUUAUCAGAUUUUAGAGAAGAUGUACCUUGAAAGAAUCAUCAGACGCUCUGAACUACAAGGAUUUGAGUCGCUCUUAAUGCCCCAUCAGAAAGCAAUGACCAGUGACGGAUCAUCGAUUUUGGAUCGGGCAGUUUUAGAACACAACCUACUUUCAGCCAGCAAGCUCUACAACAACAUCACUUUUGAGGGUCUUGGAGCUCUAUUGGAUAUCCCAGCACUGAAAGCAGAAAAGAUCGCAAGUCAAAUGAUAACAGAAGGAAGGAUGAAUGGAUAUAUCGAUCAAAUUGAUACAAUCGUAUACUUUGAAAACCGAGAGGCUCUCCCAAUGUGGGACAAACAAAUUCAGUCUUUAUGCCAUCAAGUCAGCCAGAUCGUCGAUAAGAUUUCAAGUGCAGAGCCAGAAUGGAUUGCAAAAACAAUGGACAAACAAAUGGAACACUGAUGAACUCUCAUCAGGAUUUUGCCUCGUGAUUAUUUAAUGAUUGUACUGUUCCUUUUUACUGUAAAUUUUUUUGAACCCCCUUUAAUUUUAGUGUUAAAACAUUUUUCUAAUAAAUUUUUUGUUUCUUUUAGAAUA